AUGAAAUCUUUUAUCUAUGUUCUUUUUUUCUUCUUUACUAUGCAAACAUAUGCCUUAAGAUAUUGUGAAUAUUUUGAUAAUAAUAAGCUUAUAUUAUUUACAAUCAAUGAAAAAAAAGUAAUCAUCAGUUAUAAUGAUGUAAUCAAUGAAACUAUCAUUGAAAACUUUAUUGAACGAACAAAUAUUUACAAUGAUAACAUUGAAAAAAUUUUGAUUUAUAAUGAUGCAUACAUUGAACAAUAUGAAGACAUUCCUUUAGAUUUAGAUUCUUACAAAAUAGGAAUCACUGAUAAUACUAUUUUCUUUGUUCUUUUUUUGUUUGCAUUAUUUUUUUCAUCAUCUGAUUCUGCACGUACAAAACAAUCUAUUCGCCAUAAAAAUCCAACUACUAAAAAAAAUACAAAAAAUAAACAAAGAACAGGAAAAUCUAAACAAGAAUCAAAACGAAAAUCAAAAACAGUUAAAGAUAAAGAUCCAGUGCCAUAUGUACGACCAGGAAUGGUUCUAGAUAAUCUUGUUACAUGA